UACAGGCUGAUCGUGAGCUACUUACGUUUUGGUUAAGCACAAAACGAAAAUGAAACCAGAAGAUAUGAGUAUCAAAAUGGUAUUCGUGGUAACUCUAUACGGAAUGGUUGUCAAUCAGGUUUAUGGUCAACAAGAAAUAAGUGAGGACUGCUUAACCAGACCCAACACCAAACAACCAACGGAAUGUUGCCAAAUGCCGGAUCUCAUACCACCGCGAAUAAAGGUCUUCGCUUGUAUCAAAAAGAUCAUAAAAUCUAGAGGACCGCACCGGACAUCGAGAAAUCCACAUGGAUUUCCACCAAAGUACAAUUGCAUUUCAGAGUGCUUAUUUGAACAGGAAGGCGUUAUAGCUAACGGCGUGCUGAGCAAAGAGGCAGCAACUACUGCUUUGAUUGCAGUGGUAGGAUCCGGGUGGCAAACCGUUGCCAGCACGUCCAUCGAGACGUGCUAUGCGAAAUAUUCGUCUUUGGGAAACCAGAAGGACAAACUUGGAUGUAGCAUGACUGCCGGCAGCUUCAAGGAAUGUGUGCAGACGACGAUGUUCACGAACUGUCCUAAUGAAUUUUGGACCGCAAAUACGGAAUGUGCACAACUGAAGGCCCAUUUGGAGAAGGGUUGCCCAUUGAUGACUUUGUCUAUGGCUUUCAAUCGUUAAAGGAUAGGAAAAUAAACGGGAGUUUGCAUAUGCCAAUAAUUCUAAUGCCGCCUGUAUUCUUCGAGAAUUAUUUUACUUU